UCUGCACACUCUACCAUGGAGGUUAAAUCAACAGCGAUCGAGCAACAUUUUCACCCGGCUUCGGCCAAAACUUGGGUGGAUUAUUGUCCUUCCAACAUACGUCCUUACCUCUAUCUAGCGCGAGUUCACAACCCCGCUGGAACACUCUUGCUAUUCUAUCCAUGCUCAUGGUCGGUCACCAUGGCCUGCUACGCACACGGUACACCGAUAUCGACAGUGUGGACCUAUGUUGGAUUGUUCCUUGCUGCCUCCCAAGUGUUCCACGCCGCUGGGUGUGUGAUCAAUGACAUGUGGGACAAGGACGUCGACGCUGCCGUUCCGCGAACACGCACACGACCCUUGGCUGCGGGUGAUGUCUCCAUGUUCCAGGCGUUUAUUUUCCUUAUCCCACAGCUUGCCCUUGGCGUCUGGCUAUUGAUGCAGUUGAAUGAAUACAGCUUACGGCUUGGCCUCUCGUCCUUGGGCUUGGUUGUGUUGUAUCCAGCCAUGAAGCGUGUAACAAACUGGCCGCAAGCAGUGCUUGGCAUGUGCUUCAAUUGGGGGGCGCUUCUAGGAGCGGCUUCAGUUGCUGGAGCAGUUGAUUGGCACGUGUAUAUUCCCCUUUACAUUGGGGCUGCGUGCUGGACAAUCGUGUACGACACUGCUUACGCCCGUCAAGACAGAGAUGAAGAUGCCGAAUAUGGUGUGCGUUCGACUACGAUUAUCUUCGGAGAUCAGAUCCGGCCUAUUCUCGCGAUCUUUUCCGUCGUUGUCUGUUCUCUGGUUUCGUACGCCGGAAUUCGCAAUGGACAUGGCCUCCCAUUUUUUGUCGGUGUGGCCCUGGGGGCACUUCACCUUGCCCGACUCCUCACCAGGACUGACUUUGAAAAUAAGGAGAGCUGCGAUGCUACUCUCCUCAGCAACGCUUGGUUCGGCUUCUGGGUUUGGGCCGGAGCCAUGGCCGACUUUGUUAUAAAGACACAGGGCUAG